AUGGUAUCUGUCGCAAAUUAUUUGGUAACCUCCUUACCUCAAACUGCUUCUGCUCAAGACUGGAUUGAGAAGACCUUGAAUGGCGGAAAGUCCCCUGUGAAUAAGAUUAAUUUCCCAGAAUUCCAAAGUGGCACCUUGGAUUCAUUAGUUCAAGAAAGUGAAGAAUUGGCAAAGAUAGAUGGUCAAUUGCAAGGCUCUGUGAGUAAGGUUGUUGAUAUUCUUUCGAGUGUUACUGAAAAUGCAUCUAAUACUCGGAUUGUGGGCUCCAAAAGUGCUACCGCCUACUUGGAAUCUUUCCAAUGGAAUACUACGAAGUAUCGCUUAGAUAAACCUAUCAAAGAUCUCGUCAGCUUGAUUUCAAACGAGGCAUUCACUUUGGAUAACGAUGUCAGGUCAGCCUACCAAAGUUAUCAAACUGCUAAAUCCAACUUUCAGGCAGCAGACCGUAAAAAGAAUGGUGACUUGUCGAUCAAGUCAUUACAUGAGAUUGUUCGUCCAGAGCAGUUCGUUUUAGACUCUGAACAUUUGACCACGGUUUUGAUAGCUGUUCCUAAGACUUUAAUUGGUGAUUUUGAGAAGACUUACGAAACUUUGACUCAAUUCGUCAUCCCACGUUCUGCUGAAGUCAUUGCUACCGAUGCCGAAUACUCCCUUUACACCGUUACCUUGUUCAAGAAGUAUCAACAGGAAUUUAAUACUGCUGCCAGAGAACACAAAUGGCAUCCCAGAACCGACUUUGUCUACUCCGAAGAAACCUUGAACAAUUUGAGAAAGGAAUUUGAUUUGACUAAGGCUACUGAAUCAAAAUCUAAGAACGAUCUCAUUCGUUUGGCCAAGACCGCAUACUCUGACAUCUUUGCUGCUUGGUUUCACAUCAAGGCCAUCCGUAUUUACGUUGAAUCAGUGUUGAGAUAUGGGUUACCGCCACACUUUGAUUACUUCCUUAUCAAAUUUCCCGAUGCUAGAACUAUUCCAAAGGCCAGAAAGGACUUGAUUGAAAAGUUCGGAUAUUUGGGAGGUGACGGCUUCUCCAAUCAAAGCAGUUUGCAUGAAUACGCAUCAUUGGUUGAUCCCGAUUACGAACCUUUUGUCUUAUACGAGGUUGACCUCGUUUGA